AUGUAUUAUGUGAACCUGUUAUUUGGUAUAUUUUCAAUUAUUGAACUUGGAAAAUCUUGCGAAUUACACUGUCGUCAAAUCAAUGAAUAUUUGUGUGCUGGAGAGCAUUUGUUAACUCCAUCAUUUAUAAAUCGUGUGCAAGGUAUUGCGGAUUUAUUGUUUAGUAUAUGCAGAUAUGAUCCAGAUGAUGGUAAAACUUAUAAAGUCAUGCAUGAUUCGAGUCUCAAAAAUAGGUGGGUGAUUUUAAAAGAAAAGUGAGGGAGUUUAAAAUCUGAGACACAACCCGAUACAAAACUACCCGGGAAGAAAUGUACUUUGAAGCAGAUUUGUUCUUCUUCAAACAUUCAUCAAAUUGUGACAAUUAAUUGUCCUCUUUCUCUACUUUUUUCUACAUCUCAAUCUUUUUUUCAGCAACUUCCGUCCAAGUUUCUCAAUAACAUUAACCGAAUGUAAUUCGCAACAAAUUGAUUUUCAAAAAGCAAUCGAACAAAAUCAUCGAAAAUGGAUGAAUUCAGGUCAGUUGAAACCGUAUGUUUUUUCUACUCUACUCAAUAUUCUCUGGACAUAUAUACAUAAUAAAUUGAAUAAAAAAGGUCUAGAGCGAGCAAAAAAAACGAAGACAUUUAUUUAUGCAAAAGUCAAUUUUCCGCGCGCACAUACAUACAUACACUUUUCUUAUCUUUUCUGACUGUUUUUUUUCAGAUUGUCAAAUUGACAGUUUUUUGUUGCUUCUUGUUCAAAACGAUACAGUUUAUCCACAUCUAACGAUCAGAAAACAUCCAACACUUCAGUUUGAGGUUAGUUUUUUUCCCCAAUUAUAUUUUUUAUAAUUAAUUUUUAAUUUUUUUCUCCAUCCAACAGCAGAAAAAGACAACAGAGACAUUAAAAUUCUGAAUUUUAUUUGUAUUGUUUUUUGUAUGCAUCAAAAAAAGAGCUGACCCAUUUCAUUUCUCUUUUUUAGCCUCUCAAUUUCAGCCGUCUCGCUCGAAUAGCACGAAAAAAACGAGUUCCUUCACCGGUUUUUUCUUUUUUGAGAAGAAAAAUUGGUGCUGAUAAAUUAUUUAAACCCUAAAAAGAAUUGGCGCAAAAACAUUCCUGAAAAUAAAGAGACACACACAAUUUUUGGCAGCCAACAAAAAAAAUCCGGGGUUUGGGUAACAAAACAAGGAAGAAGAAUGUGUUAUUUUUCGAAAACUUUGUUGAAAUUUUAUCUGGAACUUCAUUACUACAAGGGUAUUUGUUUGCGGGGUGGUUUUUGAGAUUUACUUUUUCUCUUCGUUGAACCUUAUUUAUUAUGGAUAGGUUUUCUUUUUACUAACGACGACAGUUUCGCAAUUCACAAUUUCUUUUGAUGAAGAAGUAAUUGUGUUUGUUACAUAGUUCAAUUUUAUUUCGUAAUCUAGCUUAAUAUUUUUGUGCUAAAUUAAAAAUAUGAAUGAUGAUGAAAAUAAAUAAUCAAUACCAAAGGACCACCACCCACAAGUUUCAAAUCAACGGGGUUUUCUAGACUAUAUUUGGGUAUUGAGAUAUUUUAUUUCCAAAAAAGUAUUGAGAAUUGAUUUUUUGCAAAGACCACCCAUGAUGUUUUAAUACACCUCUUCUCAUAAAUUAUUCAAAGAAAAGUUUCAGCUUCAAGAGUUUUCUUACAUUUUUAUACGAACGUUUUCGUUAUUGAAAGUUCAAUUCAGAAUUCCUACGAAUUCUGAUCAUAUAAGGUUGAGAAAAGAUUUUUAAAUUUUUCCGAGAAGAAACAUUAAAAAAACAGUUUCCACAGGUUAUUUAAAAACUAUCUAAACAUUCUUUGUGUUUUUUUGGAAACGUGUCAUUCAGCGGUUUACAAAUAUCACAUCCCAAUUCAUUUCCUUAUUCUGUCUCCUCAUUCUCUUCUCAGUAUUUUGAGGAAUUGUCUAACGCCAAAAUCGAAUCUUCUCAUCGAGUCAGUCAAUUCUUUUUAUUUUUGCAACAACUAGUUUUAUUUUUUCUUGCUUUUGCAGAAGCAACAUGAAAUUCUUUGCAGAUCAAAACAAAAAUCCCAAAUAUUAUCCGAAAGAUAAUAACAAUAUAAAUAUAAAUAUUUUAUUUUUUCAUAAACAUGAAAAAAAAAAUAAAUACAUAAAUCUAUUUAGAAUUUAGACACCAUCUGCAAGUAUUUACACAUUUUCGAACAUUUUCCUCUUUUUUUGUCUUUUUAUUUAUUUAUUUAUUUUUGAAUUGUUUGAAGAAACCAGAGCAUAAGAUGAAGCUAAAAAAAAAGAAAUCUAAUGCGUGUGCCGUUAUUUGAUAUUGGCCCUUUCUUUGGUAGAAAACGACAUUUUUUCUGAUUUUCACUUUUGAACGCGUUUUUUCUUAUAAUUUUUUGAUAUCACGCGAUUCCUUUUUUAUUCUUAUUUGCUCAAGCAUAAAAUAUGAGCCAAGAUCAAAAUUUGCCAUGUUCAUUUCAUUUCAUUUUUUAUGUAUACAUAGAGAUCAUUCCAAGCUCAACUUUCAAGACCAAGAGUUUACAGAUUGAAAAUUUUAAGGUGGUGGAAAAAAAAUGAAAUCUCCCUUUUGCUCCCCUUCUCUUCAACAUUCGAAUUCCAAUUUUGAAGAAAUAAUGGGUUGUUCCACCCAUUUGUUCAAUGUGUUUAAGAGCAAUGUCCAAACACAUCUACCGUAACCUAUGUACCACAUCUCAUUUUACAUCCGUUUCUUUUUUUUUGGUCAAUCCUCUUACCGGAUUUCAUUUUCUUCUGUCAAACAAUUGUCUCACGCUCUUUUCAUCUACAUAAAUAAAAUCAAAUAAAACUACCAAGACCACAUCAACUUCCAGAAGAAAUUGUUUCUAAAAAUAAUCCAUUCAUCGGCUCAAAUAUCGUGAUUUUCGUCAUUUCUGCAUUUUGAAUAUGUAUAUGUGUGUACAUAUUUUUGGCGCCCAAUUUAUUUAUAUCCUCAUUCAUGUUUUUUUUGUUUCAACAGACACAUCAUGUUCUUCAACCAUUUUUUGUUUGAAAAAAGAACAUCGUGAAAUUAAUUUUUUUCAAGACAAUUUUUUGUCCCACAUAAAAGAAGAUUGCUUUCUUCAUGCAUUAGUUAUCUUGAUAUCGUACAUAUGUUCAUUUGAACUCGGAAGAAUUUUUUGAGAUGAUAUUUGGGUUUUCAGGUCGAGAGAAGCUACAAUUUGUCACUGUUGGAUGAAAUAACUGAAAUAUCACUGAUCAAAAUGGAAGAAGCUAUCCGUACACAACCGUAUAAUCAAAAUGCGUCUGAAGAUUUCGAGACACUUCAGGUGAGUUAAUAGUUUUUGUCUUGAAUAAUUUGGAUACAGAAAAUAAUUAUAGAAGUCCAGAUUUUUAUCAUUAGUAGCUUGAUAUUCAGUUUAUUUUUCAAAGGAAAGUGGAUCUGCGAACUCAUUAAGACUCCAAAAAAACAUUGGGCUCAAAAAAAUAUCAUAUUUUUCUCACAUCCAGUUGUUCUUACAUCAGUCAGGAAACAUUCUGGAAUUAGUUAAUCAUGUUUGUUCAGACUUGAAGCCCCUAUUCAAAAAAUAACCUAUACCACAUUACAUUAUUUUUUUGCAGGACAUAAAAAGUCAUUGGCCAACUUGGGCUCUUGUUGUCGUCGUUGUUUGUAUCAUUCUAUCUCUUCUCGCAUUUUUCCUUGGAAAUUAUAUAACGAAGCGUGCUACGCCUAUACGGUAACACUUCCUUAUUUUAUUUCUUCAAUCCUAUUUUGUUCCAGAAACAAAAGUCAGACUCAAAAUGCCGGAAAACGUGAAAGAAAAUGGGGAGCUGGUUUUUCUGGAGGCUUAUGGGCUGCUGCAUGA